CGGCCUUGAACAAUCAUUUGAAAUGAUGCCAGAUAUAAUUAGGCUAUUGUAACCACUCGUGUUUCCCAUAGGUUAGUUCAAUUUUGACAACCGUCAUGAUUAAAACAUAUAAAAAAUUCAGGUGGAGCUAGUGAUUCCAGCCUUGCUCGUCAUGAAUAGUGAAAUUAAGGAGUGAGAAUAAGAGCGCUACACCUACUCUGAAAAUAAUGUUUUGGAAUCAGUUCUCCGAAGAAAAACUCAUUGAACUGGAGCAUACCAUCUUAUCGACUCUGAAGGUACCUUACGAAACAUUCUAUGUCCCGAUUGAGUUGAAAUCAGGUUCCGAGGAAAAAAUAUGGACAAUAAGCUUGAACUCGGAAUCGACGAAGACACCUUUAGUUCUAGUACACGGCUUCGCUGCUGGAAUAGGUUUUUGGUGCAGAAACCUGGAUGAUUUAUCGAAAGAUAGACCGGUUUACGCCAUGGAUCUGUUGGGUUUUGGGAGAUCAUCAAGGCCAACGUUCAGUUAUGAUCCAGACGAAGUCGAAAAAGAAAUGGUAGAUAGUAUUGAGGCUUGGAGAAAGAAACUCAACUUAAAUAAAUUCCAUUUAUUAGGCCAUAGCUUGGGGGGAUUUAUAUGCACAUCAUAUUCAUUUUGUUAUCCGGAAAGAGUGCUACAUCUUCUUCUUGCUGACCCUUGGGGUUUCACCGAUCACUUGAGUGAAAAACCGUCAUUUUUUUCCAAUCUCUUAUUCACCAUUGUCCAUGUGAGAGCUUUAGAGUUUGUCAGAGCAAUCGGACCAUUCGGUCCUUGGUUGAUUCAGAGAGCUAGAUCCGAUAUAGCCAUAAAAUUUGAAGAUAUAAUAGAGGAUAAAUCUAUUUUACCAAACUAUGUUUACCAAUGCAACGCACAAAACCCUACGGGUGAACGAGCAGCUUACAGCAUGAUAUGGGGUUACGGAUGGUCCAAAAACCCAAUGAUACUGCGCAUUGAUGAAUUGGAGAAAGAAAUUCCUAUAACAUUAAUAUUUGGAUCCGAUACAUGGAUGGAUAUAUCUAUUGGGCAGAAAAUAAAAGAACUAAGGCCAGAUUGUUCGGUAGACAUAAAUAUCAUUGACGAUUCCGGACAUCACCUCUAUUCUGAGAAGGCAGAUGAGUUCAAUGACAUAGUGAUUACAUCAUGCAAACUGAAAGAUUUGAAUAAUGAUAAUGAUUUAAAAGAAUGAGGAAACCAAGUGAAACCCUAGGGCCUAGGGUAAAUCCGAAGAUGUGGCUUUACAGAUUAAUCAUAAUAUUAACAUUUCAGUCUGGGGAUCAACAUCAAUUGAUGGUUAUGAUAAAGUAUAAAGUAGAUGAAUAAUAAAUUUUUUUCAUCGAAA